AUUCGCCACUGGGACAACGGUCAUGGGGACCAAUUCAACGCUGUACACGCCCGAGAACGUGCGGGAGAGCUGUGCGACGUACAUGCGCGAACGCGCCAAGCACGUGUCGAUCAACGGCGACAAGAUCUCUGAAUUCGUGGCAGGGCUUGAUCGCGAACAGUUUGACCAACUCGGAGAGCCGAUUCGAUAUCCGUUGUCGUUCAAGUCGAUCGAGGAGGAAGUGAAUUUCCUUGCACUCGUGGACCUUCUCAACUUUGGCAGCGGCUACCGCAAACCUUUGCAUCAGUACUGCGACCGGGGCGCGCACGAAACUAUGAUGUUUGGCGUAAUUGGCAUGUACAUCUCGAGUUCUCAGCUCGAUGCCAAGACGUUGCGUGGGCUGUCGCUAGACUCGGUCGCCAACUACUUUUCAUUGCCGCUCGAACGCGAUGAGCAAUUGAGUCCUGGAAUUUACAUCUCGAAGCCCGGCCCAUUGAAGCCACUUGCAGAAAGCAUUCAUCAGGCGCUGACAGAAACGGGGUCGCUCUGUCUCGAACGCGGCUAUGACGACAUUGGCGCCUUCGUUCUGGCUCAUCUGAAUGCUGGGACUGCCGAGAAUGCAGCUGUGGCACCAUCAGCAGCGACGCUUGUGGAUGCGCUGGCCACAACGUUUCCAGCGUUUCGCGACGUUCACGGGGAUGUCUUGAUUCUGAAGAAAGCACAGUUGCUGGCCUCCAACUUGUAUCGCCGCUUUGGGACCACAGACCCGCGAUUCAACUUUCUCGACAUCGAGUUGCUCACAGCCUGCAGUGACAAUGUCUUGCCGUGUGUGCUGCACGCAGUAGGGAUCCUCGAGUACGCGCCAGCGCUGGCCGCGUCGAUCGCCGACGGCCAACCCCUCGUCCUUGGCAGCGAGGAAGAAAUCGAGUUGCGAGCGGGGGCCGUUGUUGCGUGCGACCGACUUCUCACGGCAUUGCGCGAGGAUCGUGGCAUAUCCGGUGCCACGAUCAUGGCAGUGGAUUCGUAUUUGUGGCGCGUCGGCAAAGAGCCUACGUACCGCCCGUUGGAGCGCCAUGCUACACCAAAUACCGUGUUGUACUAACAAGUAGCAACUGCAUGGAUCGCAAGAAGCUUGGCGGUCUGAGCGCUACCAAGCAUCUCUAUGUGGGGGCCCCGCUGGCCAUGCUCGUGUCGAGGUCGUAGCGGAAGGAUGGCAUGGCUCGGUCGUUCAUGGACGUGUCCCGUCCUUUGAAAGCCGUUCAUGCAAUCCAAACCAGAAACACGUCCGCCCAUUAGCAGGAUGCAAACACAUGGGGUUUUAAAAACGUGGCG